AUGGCAAGUAUCACAAGUAAUCCUCAAGAGCCUUCAUCCUCACCUCACUCGCUCUACAUUGCCCUCGAUUUUUCUCUUCUCUUCCCGCUUCCCGUCUGUCCUCGCGCCUCGUCUGCGUCCUCGCCUCGUCGCACACUCCCGCCUGAAACGCCUCUGACGCACAUGCCAAAAUACCAUCGCCACCCACUCACCACUACCACUACCAGCAAUAAGACAAAACACCAACAAACCACCAAUUCACCAGAAAAGGAGCGCCCACGGCCAAACUCAUCUCCCACCGGCUUUGCCCCCAGGGAUGUGCCCAUGAUCCUGGUCCCCGACUCCCCAUGGCCGUCCAAUGUGGUGGGGUGA